UAAAAACUGUAGCUUCGAAAAACGAACAAAACGAGUCGUCAAUGGCUUGUUUUGUUCGUUUUGCCCUAAUAAACGCUAACCUAACCUACAAAGAUUUAUAAUUCAAGAAGAUGAAAAACUAACCCACUCAUAACUUAUCAAAAGUUAGAGAGGGGUUUGUCAAAAAUACUUUAAUUUCAUUAAAAAAUUAGAGACUUUAACGGGAAGGUAGAUGAGUUCAAAUAUCAUUUAAACUACGACACUAACUGCCGACUGAGUCAAAUUAAAUCGCGUUAUAAAAUAUGACUAACACCAUCUAUGAAGUAUUUUUACAAACUUUUACAUUUAAACGUAAUUUCAGAAUUUGAUGCUCGAGUUACAUCUGAAAAGUUGUUCACGGCACAAUUGAAAACAAUAAGUAAUUUGUAAAAAUUAGAAAAAUAAUCCUCGAUUCUACUACUAAGAAGCCAUUCAAACUCCACAAAUUAGAUAACGGCCCAGCAUCCACGGUAACUUUGACUCCAGAAGAUGCAAUCAAAAUUUAUGAAAACUUGGUAAUGCUAAGACGAAUAGAGAAUGCGGCGAACACCAUGUAUAAAGAAAAACUAAUUCGGGGAUUUUGUCAUUUGUAUACAGGUCAAGAAGCAGUAGCCGUGGGCAUACGUUCAAUGCUUCGGAAAGUGGACACAGUAGUGACGUCAUAUCGCUGUCACGGCUGGGCGCAGUUGAUGAGUGGUGAUAUGUUCGGUGUGCUCGCUGAAAUCGCCGGCUGUAAGUCCGGACGGUCGCGGGGUAAAGGUGGCUCCAUGCAUAUAUACGCAAAGAACUUUUAUGGCGGGAACGCGAUCGUAGGAUCUCAGAUUCCGUUGGGCGCUGGUAUUGCAUUCGCUCAUAAGUAUCGCAACGAUGGUGGCGUUUGCUUUGCCGUGUACGGUGAUGGCGCGGCUAACCAGGGCCAGGCGUUUGAGGCUUACAAUAUAGCGAAGCUUUGGAAUCUGCCGUGUGUGUUUGUUUGUGAAAAUAAUAUAUACGGAAUGGGCACAAGCAUCAAACGAUCGUCAGCCAGCACAGAGUUUUAUAAACGUGGCGAUUAUAUCCCCGGUGUCUGGGUAGAUGGAAUGGACGUUUUAGCUAGUAGAGAAGCUGCACGUUAUGCUAUCGAACACUGUAAUAGUGGAAAAGGUCCGUUAAUUAUGGAGAUGGAGACUUAUCGGUUCACCGGACAUUCUAUGUCCGAUCCAGGAACGUCGUAUCGGACGAGGGAAGAAGUAAAACAAAUGCGAGAGAAUAGAGAUCCUAUCAAAGUGUUUAGAGAAAAAGUUACUAGCACAGGACUGGUAACAGCAGCGAAACUUAAGGAACUUUCUAAUCGCAUACGCGAAGAAGUUAAUGACGCAUUUGAAAGAAUAAAAGUUGAAAAAGAAAGCGGUCCAGAAGAUCUUGCUGCAGAUAUUUAUCAAAAAAAUCUUCAUCCAUCUAUACGUGGCAUAAUACCUAAUGCGCCAUUGGCACACGCAAAUUUUUAUAAACAGGAAAAUGAUUUUAUUCCAUUGGAAAAGAAAGAGAAAAAAAAUUAAGUUUCGAUUUACUACAAAAUUUGCAUAUCCUUAAGAAAUAAUAUUUGAUUUUCAAGUAAUGAAAUAUGAUUUCUUGAGAUAAAAUUAUGUGAUGUAAAUAACUUGUGAAUAAACAAU